AUGGCGGACACAGACCAGAGGAACCGGGUGGUCUUUCUUGGUGCCGGUCGUGUUGGAAAAACCGCCAUUCUGAAACGGUUUCUGUUCAACACGUUUUCUGAAGACUACAAGGAAACGGUAGAAGAUCUCUAUGUUCGGGAUUACAAUGUCCGGGGAUCUCUCAUCAAAGUAGAUUUCUUGGACACAGCUGGGAAUUUGACUUUCCCGGCUAUGAGACGCCUUUCCAUCUCCACCGCACAUGCCUUUGUUCUGGUGUACUCCAUCACCAGUUUGGAGAGCUUCGAGGAGGUCAAGAAAUUGUGGUCGCAGAUACAAGAGGAGAGGUCCAACUAUCAAGAGCUUCCAUGUGUUAUUGUGGGUACAAUGAUGGAUCUAGAAAAUGGGAGACAAGUGGAAAAGUUCGACACGCUGAACUGGAUCUACAGCAACGGAUUCACGGGCGGAUUUGUCGAGGUCAGUGCCAAAGAAGACGAAAACAUCGAGGAUAUUUUUCGUCUGCUUUUGGACCAGUCUCGAGGGGAAGGAGGACACAUAGGGCCAAUGAGCCAGGUGUUGUCCUCACGCAGACGCAGCGCCAAUUCCUUGGAGGAGAGCGAGCCUGAAAAAAGUGAAGAGUGGGACAGCGAUGCUCGAAACUUUAAUCGAAGCCGCAGUCUUGUCAGAAGAGGAUCUAAGCCUAAAGUUAAGAGAACGCACCGUAGAGGCAAGCACGACUGUCGUGUAUCAUGA